CUCCGUCCUUCAUGCGCGUCUUGGCUGUUCUCCUCGUUGUUGCGAAGACAGGCGUCAUCCAUACAUCGGUGGGCCCCCUUUCGCGCAGGUGAACUACUCGCUUCUGGGUGGAGCAAGCCUAGGAACGUAGGACGGAGAUGCCUGUCAGAAAUCCCGUCAUUCAGAGAGCAGGUCGGGCGGACGGCGCAGGUGCCCUCUUUCGCUGAUCGCUACAAAAAACCAGGCAUUACCAAGCAGAUUCUGUUCGCAGUGAUCACGGGUGGGGUCUUGUACUUCAACUGGGCAGGCAUAACAGACGAAGUCACCGCCAUAUGGAUCGAGCGUCUCAGAAUGAGCAGCCCUAUUGUCGAGACGAGGGAACCCACCACAGAGGAUAUCAAGCGCGCGAGGUACUUUCAUCUAGGGAAGCGCCUACAAGCAUGGCUUUACUCGUUGAAGGAGGAGGCCUCGAACCUCCCCCAGACGAUCAAGUCCUUGCCGCUGUUUGCGACGGCAAGAUCGAUGCAGAACGUUUUGGAUGCCUCGGAGGCGAGAAGGGUCUGCUGGAUGCUUGUGAUGAUUAACUGCGGCGUCUAUCUUGCAUGGAAGAUUCGUCGGUUACAGCCCGCCAUGUCCAAAGGAUUCACGCAUAAUCCGCUAUCCGGGAAGUCAUACACUUUGCUCACUAGCAUGUUCAGCCAUUCCAGUUUCUGGCAUUUGCUGCUCAAUUCCAUGGCACUCUUGAGUUUCUCGGCGACGGCAGCGCAGCACCUGAUCCGUGAACAGCGCAAAAGCCCAUCUGGCAUGCAGGAAGCAACAGUUAGCUACCACCUCUGGGCGUUCUUCAUCUGCACGGGCCUGUUCGCAAACCUCUUCUCCCACAUCGCCCAAGCACGGAUUAUAUACCCCCGCCUGCUCGCUCGCAUCGCGUCUCCAUCAACCCCCGCAAAAGGUUUAUUCCGACAUAUGGUGAACGAGAACACCCAGAUAAGAGGGUCCUUGGGGGCCUCUGGCGCUAUCUACGGCUCAGUCGUCCUGACAGCGCUGGCGUUCCCCGAGGCUGAGGUGUCUUUGUUCUUCCCUCCGGGGCUUACUCUGCCUAUACAAUGGGGCGUCGGCGGGCUGGUAUUACUUGACAUUACAGGGAUACUGAGAGGAUGGCGAUAUUUUGAUCAUUGGGCGCACUUGGGCGGGGCGAUAUUUGGUAUGCUUUACUAUAAUUAUGGCCCGCUCGUUUGGGAGAAAACACGGGAAGCGAUGAAGGUCACGGUUGACAAGGCGCGUGUGGAGAGGCAGGCGAAGUAUAUUCAGAAGUUGGAGGCAGAAUACGAAAAAGUUAUUUCUCAAGCAGAUAGGAAGAAACCCCGCGAGGUGUAAUGUAUUGAGAUCUAGAGGGUAUAAUAGACUUGGAUUUCCUCCCCCCCC